AUGGAGAACGAACCUGACCAAGAAGCCCAAGAGGCAUCCACGACCGAUGCGGAUGCAGGAGAUUCAAAUCAAGAGAGGAUCAGCUCAUUCUUCUCGAAAAUCAAACAACGCGCUAUGAACUCCCUCCGCUGUUCCUCAGCAAAUGUAAUCUCAGUCAACCACCCUGGCACACCUGGCGAUGUACCAUUCCAGCAGACGGAAAACGGUGCUAUGUCGUCGUCGGGCUCCACCACGUCCAUCUAUCGCGCGGGCGGAAUCGUCGACCUGAAAAUGGAAUCUCUCGACGUUAUCAAGGUCAAGGAAGCAGAUGAACAUGGUGUCGAGACAUACGAGAUCAUCGAGGACUAUGACCCGAAGGUCAUCGAACUAACCGACGAUGAUAUUUGGGAAGAAAAUAUGUGGAACAAAAUGUAUUCGAUGGUUAAAGGAAGGAAACCAAUCGACUUUCGUCUUUAUCUCGUUGAUAUGAUCCGUUUUUCGGCGAAAAUCGACGAUUUGAAAAGCAUGGGCAUUUACCUGACUAAGCUCCAACAGGAGUACUCUAUUUACAAUUAUCAGGAAAAGCAAGCAUGCAAGGACCGGUCGCGAUCGAGAGGGAAGUUGAAGUUCCGUGUCGACGGCCUCGUCGAAGAAUUGAUCCUCCGCCUCUGCUCUCUGCAGGUUGGACCGGAAGUCAAUUGGAAGAGGAUGGUGAAUAUCAUCUGCGAUCGUCUGAAGAAGAACAUGGAGCCGAAACAGAAGCCAGACAUCGAGGAGCUGCCGAAGAUUCUGUUUCCUGGUCGUGCAAAAACGAUGAAAGACGUUAGUGAUUCGUGGUUUAUUUAUUCCACCCUUGACCUCACCGGAUAUGAUCUCCAGGGUGACCCGGACGCUGAGGAACUUCGACGUCGUCUAGGGGUUUUUCUAUCCCUUCGACCACUCGUUCUCGUCAAACUCAACCUCAGUUACACAGGACUGGACAAGAAGAACUUCCUCCCGCUUCUUCCUCAUAUUGCCCAGCUUCCUGCCCUCCAGGAGCUUGACCUACGCGGCAACCGGCUAGACGCAAGCGUCAUCAAACAUUUCUACCCCUACCUGGGAAAGUUUGGUGAUCGCUUCCGCUCUGGUUUUCCCAGCAUCCGAUGGGUAUAUUUCAACCACAAUUACAACAUCAGCCGCCUUCCUGUCCACUUCCUAGUGGGCAUCAACCGGCGAUGGCCGGCAAUCGAGCACCGACCGACUCCACAGGAGCUGACGGAAAGUAGAGCGACCGUCUGUGACUUCUCCAUCAUUGAAAUGGUCCAAGCGAAGCUGAACGAGAAGAGGGCGGAACUGCUGAAGAUGGCGCGUCUGAAGCAUGAAAGUCGCGAUGCGAAAGACAAGAAGAAGGCUGCGUUCGUGAGACGGGUCGCCUUGGCUGCUAAAAAGAUGCUAAUCGACGAGGGUUUAAUAGAAGAAGUGUCGCCCCCGUCAAGCCCGUCCGAGCUCGACCAUGUAUCUGAACGAUCCCAUGCAGAUGUUGAUAGGUCUGACGCAGGAAGACAAGGCAGAUCGACCAGGAGAGGACAGGUAGUUCAGGCUGCAGGGGUAGCUGCUGCAGGAAAUCAGGAUGUCGCAAACAAUCAAAACGCACAGCAAGGCAACUUGGAAAGAGAAAAUGCCCAUGCUGUUGUCAAUGAUUACCAAUUGGUAGGGGCGGCAGGAGCCCUUAUUGCCGGGCCGGAUAGUGUUCAAAGACGUUCUGAAGAUGAAGGUUUGCAGAAUUUGACAGGCGAUCAAGAUGCUGCCCAAGAAAACGAUCAAAUUCACCAUAGCGGAGCUUAUGUCUAUCGAGUUAUUCCAAGGCAUUAGAGGACACAAUGAACUUUAAUACAUUUUCCAUACUACCUUUUUCUCGAAUAGGCUCAUUUCUUUAUAAAACUGAAAUGAGAUUCCAUGUAGUCUUCCAAAAUAUAGAAUGAUGCAUGUAUUUGGGGAAUCUAACGAAUUCAAUAAGACAAGUGGAUUUGCAGGACGAACUUAAUCAUUUUUCUUUAUCCCAACCCCAAGAUUUGGAAAUGUGGUACCCUUUGCAAUGUGUGAUAAAAUAGCUGGAAUUGUGAGGCAUACUUUUAAUUUGUAUGAUUACCUCACAAGCCUAAGUCCACGAUAAAUUGAAUUGGUAGUAGGUACAUAACAUAGAGAUAUAUUGUUAGUUUUAGUAUGUAUCUCCAUGGUACAUAAUUACCUGUCAACUCUGUUCUGUUUUCUCUCUCUUUCUCUCUCUACCUCUUUGCACCUUUACUUUUAACCAAUCUGAAGCGUGCAUUCACAUGUAGGAUAUGGUAUAAUUUACUCAGUUGCAUUUACACACUAGUAUUUCUGCAAGGACCCCAGACCA